UGUCAGUGUCACUCCACUAUACUUUCCUAACCUCUACCCCGAUGACUGAUGACUUUCUCAAGUUUCUCAUGUAAAGUGAACGUGGUCAUAAUAUUCAGGUUUACACCUAUUUGCGUUCCAAAAAAAUUGAUUGUUUCAAAUUAAAUUUUCGUUUUACUUCCAAAAGCGGCUGCUGAAGUAACCCUCCCACAAAAUGGACGAGGACAACGAUAAAGCAAAGAGGCUUUCCUCCAUACAAGAUAAUUCUGGAAAAAUUCUAGGAGGCCCAAAGUUUCAGAACCCUCCACCUAAAUUUGUUCUUCGGCCAAGCGGAUUCAAUCCAUUCAAUAAGAGCACUACUGAUGAUAAUAGUAAAGAUGAUAAUACUUGGAGAAAGAGACUCAACCCUUUUAUACCUUUGGAAUCCGAAAAGGAAGCAGUAACUCUGCAAACUUCUAACGCAACAUUUGCCAUCAAAACUUCGAGACCAGAUGUGAACUUUAUACCAUUAACAAAUACUAGUACCUUUGGUUUUGCACAAGAUUUACAAAAUAAUGUCAUGGCAGGACGUAGUUCUGAAGCUGGAACGAGUAAAUAUAAUACAAACUCUAGAACGUCAAAAUUCGUAUUUGGACAAAAUUUAAACGAGACAGUAGUGAAAGAAGUAUCAGAUGAUAUUCCGCCCUUUAAAAUGCGAGUUAUUGAAAACAAAGAAGAUUCGAAAGUGGUUUUUGGUGAAAAUGUACAAGAAAAAAUUAUGACAGAAGGCAUUUUUGAGACGGCAUCAACGAGUAAGGAAAGCAAAUCUCUAGCUCAAUCUGCCAGAGAAUAUGAGGAAGCAAUGGCUGCAAAUAAGAGAGAAUACGACUUAGUGGAAGUGAAAACUGGAGAAGAAGAAGAACGAAAUAUUUUAAGUAUGCAAUGUACUUUAUUUGCAUUUGAGAAUAAGGAUUGGCAACAGCGUGGAAGAGGAGAUUUAAGAUUAAACGAAUAUCCAUUGGAUGAUUUGCUUCAAUAUAAAUGCAGAUUAGUGGUCAGAGUAGCAGGAAGUAAACGAGUCCUUUUAAAUACACAUGUGUCUGCAGACAUGACUCUAGAAAGCCCCAAUGAAAAAACCAUUCAAUUGACAGCUAGAGAUUCAAACGAUGAAUUUAAAAUCUUUCUUAUCAAGGCCAGCGUAGCUGAUACCAGACAAUUAUUCGUGCACCUAAAGGAUCGUUUGAAUAAAAAACUAGCUCAAAGGGAAUUGAAACAGCGCAUAGCUGACGGUCUGGUUGAAGAUUAUUCCUAACAAUAAGUACAUUUGGUAUUUUGUUUUACUCUAUAUAUAUAUUUUUUUUGUUUCAAAGGAGUAGUUUUUUGCGGUUUAGAAUUACCAUUUUACGUUAGAAAAUAAAAUAAAAAAAUAUUUUUAGUCCACUCAUGACUCAACUUUUCUUACAUGUAUUAUUAUUGUAAAGGUUUUUGAUUUUUUUUUAAUGAUAUUAUUAUUGAUAUUCCAUAUAAACAAUAGAAAGCGCGGUUAAAAAGCCAAUGAGUCUAUUUAAUGCAAUUUUACUUGCUGAUGUGUUUCAAUCAUGAAAUGAAAGCAAAAAGACAAAAGAUAUUCCAA